CGGCUGGGAGCCCUGCCAGCUCUGAACGUUGCUCCUGGCUGCGCUGAGAACUGCGGCCAGGGCUGGGCUCCUUGUUAUCAUCAGGGAACCAUGCGAGAUGCCAGAACUCUGAGCUUCAUUGCCUCAACUCUGAGGCUCACACGCCUCCACCUGGGAACCCACAGGAUCCUUUUUCUCCUCCUGCUUCGGGCGGGUGGGGGUGGCCACUGCAGAGUCGCUGUCUCUUUAAGAGAGAGAGGGAGAGGGAGAGAGGUGGAGAGAGAGAAAUCAGGAAGUGUAAGUGUGGGACUGCCCCGCCUGGGCUCCAACCCUCCAGUCCAGCUCUGGGUGGCUCGGGCCACUCCUACUGGUCCUGCCUGUGCCCUGGGCCCAUGGCUACCAGGAGGCUCUGGGCACUGCCCAUGAACCCGUGCAGGCUCUGAAAGGUUGGGGUGCUGCCGGCUCCCACAAACCCGCAUCCCCUGCCUGCAGCCAAGAUGGGGUCCUGGACUUGCCCCAGACAGAAAGUACAAAGCCGGCUUGCCCGGGACAGCCUGUGCCUGACUCAGCCUCCAGAGCCGGGCUUGGAUUUUAAAGCCCUGGAGGCCUCAGUGCCCGUAAGAGGCGAAGGAGUGAGGAGGUUGCAGGUGGCCGGCAGCCCGGGGCAGGAGAUGCAGAGCACAGGCAACUACCUGUGGCACACAGAUGACCUGCUGGGGCAGGGGGCCACGGCCAGCGUGUACAAGGCCCGCGACAAGAAGUCGGGUGAGCUAGUGGCCGUGAAGGUCUUCAACACCGCCAGCUACCUGCGGCCGCGCGAGGUGCAGGUGAGGGAGUUUGAGGUCCUGCGGAAGCUCAGCCACCAGAAUAUCGUCAAGCUCUUCGCGGUGGAGGAGACGGGGCCCGGCCGGCAGAAGGUGCUGGUGAUGGAGUACUGCUCCGGCGGGAGUCUGCUGAGCGUGCUGGAGAGCCCCGAGAACGCCUUCGGGCUGCCUGAGGCCGAGUUCCUGGUGCUGCUGCGCUGUGUGGUGGCCGGCACAAACCACCUGCGGGAGAACGGCGUCGUGCACCGAGACAUCAAGCCAGGGAACAUCAUGCGCCUGGUCGGGGAGCAGGGGCAGAGCAUCUACAAACUGACGGACUUCGGGGCCGCGCGGGAGCUGGAUGAGGACGAGAAGUUCGUGUCUGUCUACGGGACGGAGGAGUACCUGCACCCGGACAUGUAUGAGCGGGCGGUGCUGCACAAGCCCCAGCAGAAGGCGUUUGGGGUGACAGUGGACCUCUGGAGCAUCGGGGUGACCCUGUACCACGCGGCCACUGGCACCUUGCCCUUCGUCCCCUUUGGUGGGCCGCGACGCAACAAGGAGAUCAUGUACCGGAUCAUCACGGAGAAGCCGGUGGGGGCCAUCGCAGGGGCUCAGAGGCGGGAAAACGGACCACUGGAGUGGAGCCACAGCCUCCCCAUCACCUGCCAGCUGUCCAUGGGGCUGCAGAGCCAGCUGGUGCCCAUCCUGGCCAACAUCCUGGAGGUGGAAGAGGCCAAGUGCUGGGGCUUCGAUCAGUUCUUUGCGGAGACGAGUAACAUCCUGCAGCGGGUCGUGGUCCACGUCUUCUCCCUGUCACAGUUCAUCCUGCACCACGUCUAUGUCCACGCGCACAACACGAUCGCCAUCUUUCUGGAGGCUGUGUAUGAGCAGACCAACGUGGCCCCCCAGCACCAAGAGUACCUCUUCGAGGGUCACUUUUGUGUCUUCGACCCCAGCCUCUCAGCACGGCACAUCGGCCACACGACUGCCAGAAGCCCCCUGACUCUGUUCAGCACGGCCAGCGACACCCCCAAGGGUCUGACCUUCAGGGACCGUGAGUGGGAGCAGCCAGGCUGGAUCUUUUGUCCGGGUGAUGUCCUCCAGGAUGCAGAGCCGCCUUGGACAUCCCCAAGUUCGUCCCCAAAGUGGACCCGCAGGCAGACUACAGCACUGCCAAGGGCGUGCUCGGCGCCAGUCACCAGGCACUGCGGCUGGCUCGGGCCCUGCUCAGCGGGCAGGAGCUGGCCCUUCGUGGGCUGCACUGGGUCAUGGAGCUGCUCCAGGCCACAUGCAGGCAGACCCUGGAGGUCAUCAGGAUUGCCCUCCUCUUCCUCAGCAGCAGCCUGGCCACCGAGCGGUCCAGCAGCAUGGCCAGGAUGCCUGAGAUGCCCGAGAUCUGGGAACUGCAGAGGGCUACAGAGCUGAGGUCCAAGCUACAGACUUUGGCUACAGUUCUCACCAAAUGUUCCCAAGAUGUUGCAGAGACCCAGGUGAGCCUGAGCCACCUGAGCUUGGAGCUGGCGAAGACCCGGGAUCAGGUACAUGAAGACAGAAGGUCCGUGGGAGUUUCCUGAUUUGUGGGGUGGAGGUGGGGAGGCGCACAGCCCUGAAGGUCCAGCAGCCUUUUCGGAAGUCCCCCACUUCCUCUCCUCCCUUGACAAGGUACUAGGGCAGGAAUGAGCCAGACCCUCCCUGAAAGCAGCCAGCAGGAUAAAAGGGUCUGGAGCCCCACGUGUGUCUGGGAACUUGAGGACUUAGGAAGGUUCGCAGGUACCAUAGCUCUGAAGGAAAGUUCCUGGCUCUGCCAGGCCCCGGCAGGUCCUCUCACUUGUGACAACAGGAAUGUUGCAGUAACGCCUGUUUACAGAGAAAGAUGCUCCUCCCUCUGGGAGGUUAAUUUGUCCUGAGAGGCAGGAGGAUCGAAAGAGAGGCCAGCCUUGGGGGACUUAGUGAGACCCUGUCUCAAAAUAAAACAAAAGGGCUGAGCGUAUAGCUCCAUGGUGGAGCACCUGCCUGGUAAACGCGACUCCUUGAGUAUAAUCCCAGUGCUGAAGAAACAAGUCAGAGAGAAACAGGCCUGGAAAGGGAUCCUUCCUUACUGGGGAGUGACAAGUGCUGGGUGCGGCCGAGGUCACGUUUAUCUACCUCCAAAGUCCUGUUCUCGGCCUGCAGCAGGCGGGAUUCACAACCCUUUAAAAGCCCCAUUCCCCCUUUUCACGAAGCUAAAAAGGCCCCACCUCCAUCACCCUGUGGGAUGUGGAUGUCAGGCCGUGGGCUCCCUGUCCAGAGCUGGCCGGAGCGGGGUCCCCACAGCAGUCGGGGCCCCUGUGGAUCUGUGAUCUGCGUCCUCAAUUCUAAACCCAAAGCUCUGCAAUCGCCGUCAUGCCCAGCCCAGAGGGACGCAAGGCUCUAUGCAGUCUUCACUUACCCUUGGGGUGAGUGCGCCAAGUCUCUCAGAGUGGCGAGGGCCUCAGAUUAGGGGUGUUGCCCUCAGGGGUCCCGCCCGGCAUGCUGUGCGUGCCCUGAGUUUCUGAGCCCUGAGACGGGAAGACAAUUCUGUCUUCAGGACACGCCUGGCCCGCAGGGUGGCUGGGUCCUGGGAACCCUUUCGCUCUGCCCAGAGCCCAGAGCUGGCUCCAGAAAUAGCGGCGAUGGGGUGGCCCAGCAGAGCCUCGAGGGCCUGGGGUGAAGAAGGGCACCCCAGAAUCCCAGGCCGCCUGGUCAGCCGGAAGGGGACGCAAGACAGUCCUGACCUUCAGCCCAGGGACAAGAGCCUCCCGACUCCCUGCUACCGGCUGGGCUGAGCGCCAGUCUGUUUUGUUCCAAAGGAGGACUGUGGUUCACUCUUUCUCUUAAGUCCCUUCGCUGUGCCAGGCUUUGGGGAGCCAAGAAGGCAGACCCUUCUGGCCGGGCCUGGUGGCCAGGGGAGGUUGCUGCUCCCCUGGAUCCCGGCUGCCAGGCCCCACUCUCCCGGGGCGGGUGGGGCGGGCAGUGCUGCUCGACUUCCUCUCCCUGGUGGGGCUCUGGCUGUGGGGCCAGCCGGGCGUGUGCAGUAGGCGGGGAGGACCCACAGGAGAACAGGAGGGCUGCUCCAGGCGUCUCCAACAAGCUCAGGGCCACGCGGCCCUCUCCCGCCCCUCACCCUUCACCCUGUGCUGUGUGAUUCUCCCUGCCUCUGCCGCAGUACCCAGCAGAUUCAGAGCUGCUUGGACAAGAUGUACCUCAUCUACAAACAGUUCAAGAAAUCUAGGAUGAGGCCAG